CCCAGGUAACAUUCAGUCCUCACAUCUCCAUAGGCCCCUCUGGGCUGUGACAUUUUCUCAGACUUUCCUGGUUUGGGGUGACUUUGACAGGUUUUGAGGAGGACGGGUCAGGGAUUUUGUAAAAUAUACCUAAAUUGGGGGUUUGUCUGGUGUUUUUCUCAUGACUAGACCAGGGUGAUGGGUUCUGAGAGGAAGACCCCACAGUGAAGGGCCCUUUCGUCCCCUCAUAACCAGGGUCACAUGUCAGCAAGUCUUACCACUGUUGACGUUGAGCUGAGCCCCUGCCUGAGGGUGUGGGUCAGGUUUCUCCACUGCAAAGUCCCUCUGUGCCCUUCUCAUGCUGUCCUCUUGGGAAAGAACUCACUCUGUCCAGCCCACAGUAAAGCGCAGGGAGCUAUUCUCCAUCUCCUGAGGGCAGAGUAUCUACAUACAUUAUUUGGAAUUUUUCUGUGCAGAUAAGUUGUCUCCUCCCCUAUAUUUAUUUAACCAGUCAUUUCUUUAGACCCAUAUGGUCUCAUGGACACUUUAUUUUACUCUUUGGCUUACAAUCCGAAUAACUGCCCCAGCGUUGGCCAUGGAGAGCGCUUCCGGUUGACUGCCAUGUCCGUUGGAAAACUUCUUGCUGCAUCUAAGCUCUGCAGCCACCCCAUGAAGAGUGUGGCUUAUAUCCCAGAGCGUGUAAAACCGUGUGACCCCGGACGAGACCCUCCCUCUCUCUCAGCUUUGGCUUUCCCUAAUGGAAAGACAAUAUCCAUUCUGUUCUCUGCAGGGAGCCCUCCGGCACCGGGCGCUCUGAUUUUCUGUGCUAAUGCACAGAUGUGUUUUGUGCCAACGCUUCCCAGAGCUAAACGGGUGUUGUUGUUGUUGUUGUCUGCACUCCCUGCUCCGGUUGCUGGAUUUUCGGUGCCUGGUGAUCGAUGCCCCUCCUGGCUGGGUUCCCAGGCCACUCCGGGAAGAGACGGGGAUGGACGCGCUUGGCAGCCCAGCAGAAGACACGUCCUCCCCUCCCAACACGCUGAACUUCAACGGAGCCCACCGCAAGCGAAAGACGCUGGUGGCCCCGGAGAUCAACAUCUCCCUGGACCAGAGCGAGGGCUCCCUGCUGUCGGACGACUUCUUGGACACCCCCGAUGACCUGGACAUCAACGUGGAUGACAUCGAGACCCCCGAUGAGACGGACUCGCUGGAGUUCCUGGGGAACGGCAAUGAGCUGGAGUGGGAAGAUGACACGCCCGUGGCCGCUGCCAAGAACAUGCCGGGGGCCAGCGCGGAUCUGUUCGGGGACAGCACGGCUGAGGACGGCAGUGCCGCCAACGGGCGCCUGUGGCGGACAGUGAUCAUCGGAGAACAAGAGCAUCGCAUUGACCUGCACAUGAUCCGGCCCUACAUGAGGGUGGUGACCCACGGAGGGUACUAUGGUGAAGGUCUCAGCGCCAUCAUCGUCUUCGCCGCCUGCUUCCUCCCAGACAGCAGCUCUCCCGACUACCACUACCUCAUGGAGCACCUCUUCCUGUACGUCAUCAGCAGUUUGGAACUCCUGGUGGCAGAGGAUUACAUGAUCGUGUACCUGAACGGUGCCACCCCCCGGCGGAGGAUGCCAGGCAUCAGCUGGCUGAAGAAGUGCUACCAGAUGAUCGAUAGAAGGUUACGGAAGAACCUGAAGUCCUUAAUCAUCGUCCACCCGUCCUGGUUCAUCCGCACUGUGCUGGCCAUCUCCCGGCCUUUCAUCAGCGUCAAAUUCAUCAACAAGAUCCAGUAUGUGCACAGCUUGGAAGAGCUGGAGCAGCUCAUCCCCAUGGAGCAUGUGCAGAUCCCAGACUGCGUGCUACAGUAUGAAGAGGAAAGGCUCAAGGCCAGGAGAGAAAGCGCAAGGCCGCAGCCGGAGCUGGUCCUGCCCAGGUCGGAAGAGAAGCCGGAGGCAGCGCCUGCGGAGCACAGGUCUGCUCCGGUCACAGAAGAUCAGGAGACAAGAAUGGCUCCCGCAAUCCUGGGCGUCUGGCCAGGAGGCUCAGCCCCCCAACAGAGCUGUGCCCUGGGCACCUUCAACCUCAUGGCUUUUCAUUUGAAUGGCCCCCUUUUUCUCUGA